AGCCAGCCGCGGUCACACUCUCACAAGUCGUCCUCCUCCUUUCAAUUUUCACAGAGCCGAAAACCAGAGAGAGAGAAGCUCCUCCUCCUCCUCCUCUUCCUCCUCCUCCUCCUUCAAUCGGCCUCAAAUGUCUGACGAGGAGCACCAGUUCGAAUCCAAGGCCGACGCCGGAGCUUCCAAGACCUACCCUCAGCAAGCCGGAACCAUCCGUAAGAACGGCUACAUCGUCAUCAAGGCCAGGCCUUGCAAGGUUGUUGAAGUCUCCACUUCCAAGACAGGAAAGCACGGUCAUGCUAAGUGCCACUUUGUUGCAAUUGAUAUCUUCAAUGGCAAGAAGCUUGAGGAUAUUGUCCCUUCAUCCCACAAUUGUGAUGUUCCUCAUGUGAACCGUACUGACUACCAGCUGAUUGAUAUCUCUGAAGAUGGCUUUGUGAGUCUCCUGACUGAAAAUGGAAACACCAAGGAUGAUCUGAGGCUUCCCACUGAUGAUGCUCUGCUCACUCAGCUUAAGGAUGGAUUUGCUGAGGGCAAGGAUCUUGUGGUGACUGUCAUGUCUGCAAUGGGAGAGGAGCAGAUCUGUGCCCUCAAGGACAUUGGUCCCAAGAAUUAAACAUGAUGCUUUAGCAGUAGCUGUCUCUGAUGGCAAGACCUGUGUUUUUUGUUUCAUCUGUUGCUAACAGGGAGGUUUAUCAACCAUAUAUCUGUGCAAUGAACCUUUAUUCAAAUGGUAUUUUAGUUUGCGGGGGUUUGUAAUAGUGAUAAGAAGUGAAGAAGAUUUAAAGCUGCAGGAUCCCUUCUCAAAGGGAGCUUGCAGAUCUAUGAAAACUAUGUUUUUUUUUUUUUUUCCAGCAAAAGGAAGAUAUUUCUGUGUUUUGAUAA